UCUAAUGGCUACCCUACUCAUCGACAAUUACGACAGCUUCACCUACAAUGUCUAUCAGUACCUUUGCUCUCAGGGGGCAGACGUUGUAGUCUAUCGCAACGACAAGAUCACUGUAGACGAGAUCGUAAAGUUAAACCCCGUCAACAUUGUCAUCUCUCCUGGCCCCGGUCAUCCUUCUCAUGAUGCCGGUGUUUCUAGAGAUGUCAUCUCUUACUUUGCUGGAAAACUCCCAAUUCUCGGUAUUUGCAUGGGUGAACAGUGUAUCUACGAAGUAUUUGGAGGAACUGUUUCCUAUGCUGGUGAUAUCUUGCAUGGAAAAACCUCUACAAUUAAGCACGACAACCGUGGAUUAUUUAAGAAUGUGCCUCAGGACAACCAGGUCACUCGUUACCACUCACUUGCUGGCAUGCCCAGCACACUUCCUGAAGUUUUAGAAGUCACUGCCACCACAGACGACGGUGUUAUCAUGGGUGUUCGCCACAAAAAGUAUACUGUUGAAGGUGUUCAAUUCCAUCCUGAAAGUAUUCUGUGCGAACAUGGUCACACCAUGAUCAGCAACUUCCUCAGUCUUCGCGGUGGAAACUGGGAUGAGAACCCCGCUGCCGGUGUUUUGGCCCAGAAAGUUCCCGCUGCUGCAACAGAGAAGGCCGCCCAAGAGGCCUCCCCUGCUAUUUCUACCCCCAACGGUGUUCCCACCAUUCUGUCCCGAAUCUAUGCUCAACGUGUAAAGGAUGUUCAGGCAGCUAAAGAAGUUCCUGGACAGAGCCAGGCAGAUCUUCAGAAGUUGCUCAACCUUCACAUUGCUCCUCCUCUGCGUGACGUUGUAAACCGUCUCAAGGAAAGCUCCCCCGCUCUUAUGGCCGAAGUCAAACGUGCAUCUCCUUCAAAGGGCAACAUUGAUAUCACUGUUAAUGCAGCUGAGCAGGCACUUCAGUAUGCGUUGGCUGGGGCUAGCGUAAUAUCCGUUCUCACUGAGCCAAAAUGGUUCCGUGGUUCCCUCAAUGAUCUUCGCCAGGUCCGCGAGGCCUUGUCCCUGUUGCCAAACCGCCCUUGUAUACUCCGCAAAGACUUUAUUGUUGACACUUACCAAAUCCUUGAAGCUAGACUCUAUGGUGCGGACACGGUGCUUCUUAUUGUCGCAAUGAUGUCUGACGAAGUACUCAGAGAGCUGUACCAAUAUUCUGUUUCUUUGGGUAUGGAACCCCUUGUCGAAGUCAACAAUGCUGAAGAAAUGGCACGGGCCAACGCUGUUGGAGCUAAGCUUAUUGGUGUCAACAACAGAAACUUGCACAGUUUUGAUGUGGAUAUGGAGACUACUUCACGUCUGGCCGAGAUGGUACCUGAAGGAACUAUUCUUUGUGCCCUAUCUGGAAUCUCUACCCGCGCUGAUGUAGAAACUUAUGUAUCUCAAGGUGUCCAUGGAUUAUUAGUCGGUGAAGCAUUAAUGCGCGCUUGGAACCUGAAAGAAUUUGUAGCCGAAUUACUGGGAUACAAGAAGAAGGAUCCCGUACCGCACACACCAGUCUCUCGUCAGGUUCAGGUCAAGAUCUGUGGAAUCUCUUCUGUUGAGGCUGCUGUCGAGGCUGCUACUGCUGGGGCAGAUUUGGUUGGUCUUAUCUUUGCCGAAAAGUCAAAGAGACAGGUUACUGUAGCCAAGGCGCGCGAGAUUGUUGAUGCUCUACACAAACUUCCCACACGCUCAUCACAAUUGCCUGUCAAGAGUCAGAAGAGUAUAGACUGGUUUGAUGUUCAGACUGAAAUGGUAGAACAGCGGUCUGGAAAGCCUUUGGUAGUCGGCGUAUUUGUCAACCAGUCAAUCGAGUACAUGUCUCAGGUGGCAGUAGAGGCUGGUCUUGACCUCAUUCAGUUACAUGGAACAGAGUCUGCCGAAAUUGCACGUUUCUUACCUGUGCCUGUUAUCAAGGCAUUCCACAUGGACGCGUCUUCAUUUCAUGCAGGACAGAUUCCUUAUGUCACACAACCUGGCAACAAUCAAUUCGUACUACUAGAUGCUAAAGUUCCAAGCCUCCCCAUGGACCGACAGGGUGGACUUGGUCAAAAAUUCGACUGGACCAUUGCUCAGGAUAUUGUCAAUGUCAAGCGCCCGGGUUGCUCAAAGGAACAGACUUUCCCAGUAAUUUUGGCUGGUGGAUUGGAUCCCUCAAAUAUCUCUGAGGCUAUUCAGCAGGUGCGUCCUUGGGCAGUCGAUGUUUCUUCAGGAGUCGAAACGGAUGGAAAGAAGGACUUGAAGAAGAUUCGGGCGUUUGUUGAAAAAGCCAAAAGCAUAAAUUUGCAGUAAACUACAAUUAUAGAAUGUUUGUUUGUGUGUUGCAAUUGUGUGUGAAUAAAAUCCUCUUGCUUAAACUAAAAUCCUGGGCUUAAUACCAAAAACAAGGAAGGGUUGAAACAUAUACAUAAAUAUUUCCAAAAUUAAGUCAAAUAAACAACAUUGGUAUGAGUGGUAUUUACACACGCUCAAACACCAGCACAAU